GGUGACCAUCUCGAGCAGGAGGCGGGAGGAGGCAUUUGGGAGCCGGCGGGAGUCGAGAGUGGAAGACGAUGAGCCGUGAGAGGAGAAUGAGCCGCAGCCAGCAAGUUGGAGAGAGGAUCGCGGGCGAGAAGGGGCCGCGUGGGAAGUUUCGAACAAAAAAUCGCACGUUAAUACAUCACCACACUUGAAAAAAAAAGAAGCAGUGUGGCUGUCUCUGAAACAUGAUGGCAGAAUCCCUGCCCUUUCCACUGGGCACACCAGUGCCCACCUGGGAAUUGGAAGCCUGGUACCAGGACUUGCAGGAAGUGCUGUCCUCUGAUGUAUCCAACAGGGCAGACCCCUCGGGGGUUGAACAGGAGCAGAAGGAAUUCGAUGGCUUUGAUGGUGCUGCUCUCUUGUGGAACUUGGAGACUUCCAAUUCCUUGGAGCUUAAUGGGGAUGUAAUGACAGGAAACUAUGAGUUGGAGCCUGAUCUUGCAGCAGAACUUUUGGAGCAACUGGGCCAGGAGCCCUCAGGGCCAGCGGAGUCCGAUUCUAGCCACAGCUCUCCUACACAGACAGGCACAGAUGACGAUGAGGGGGUGUCUACUAGCCGGAAGAGGCGGCAGAGUGGCCAGCCUCACGGUGGCAAGAGGCAGCGCGGCAGAGAGCGGGAGCAGCAGAAUGAGCGCAGAGUGGCUGAGCUGACUGCACACAAUGAGCAUCUCCAGCAGGAAAUACAGCGCUUGACCGCUGAGGUGGAAGCUACUCGAGCAGCGCUCAUCCAGAGGAUGGUGAGCCUAAAGACAUGAUGGGGUCCUGGCACACUUUCUGCACUGAAAUUAUUUCUCCUUGCUAUGGACCGAAGUGUGCAGGGCUUCAUCCUUUGCAGAUGGAGUGACUGUGCAGCAUGCCAAAAGGGAGAGGCACUUGUCGACACCUUAAAGCACAUCAGUGCCCUGCGAGACUUAGAACUUGAAAUACUUGUUCUUACUCUGUGUAGCCAAGUGGACUUCCCUUGCAGAACUGUACUCGGUGUGUGGCCCAGUUAUUUUAGGCAAAGAGGAGAUCCCUGACUUUCCUAGAGACUGACUGUGGCAGUUGUGGAUUUUGUUUUUUAAUAGUUACAUCUGUUCCUGUCCUUGCCAGGAGAUUGCAGGGAGGAAUGUCUGCAUGUAUCGUUCUGUACAACAGUGCUUUGUACUUGUAUAAAGAGCAAUAAAGUAUUUAUUUUGUCCUGUGUAA